UCCAAACGCCCCGAAAACCACUACCAUCUCAAAACCCUAGUAAAAAAUCACGCCAAGAUUUUUAUCCCAAGCUCGCAUGCGCAUAUUUUCCACUUUCAAAAUCUCAUCCUCUUUAGUUGGCCACAAUUUAUUCUCUCGUCUCUCCCUGCGUCGAUCGCACGCGCCAUUUCCCGAACCCUCAAUGGCCACCACCACCGAGGAAUCCCUCCGGCGAGACUUCGCCGCCAAGCAAUCCGCUGUCGAGGCCCAGGGAAACGCCAUUAGGGCCCUCAAAGCCGCCACAGCUACCAAGCCGGAAAUCGACGCCGCGAUCGAGGCCUUGAACCAGUUGAAGAUUGAGAAGGCGGCGGUUGAAAGGGAGCUCCUGAGUGUUAUUAGUGGUGGCAGCGGGGAUGGCUCCGUUAGCCGAGAGGCGUUUCGUCAGGCUGUGCUUAACACUCUUGAGCGGCGUUUGUUUUACAUUCCGUCGUUUAAGAUUUACCGAGGUGUCGCUGGGCUUUAUGAUUUCGGGCCUCCCGGUUGCGCCGUUAAGUCUAACGUUCUUGCUUUCUGGCGUCAGCAUUUUGUUCUUGAGGAGAACAUGCUGGAGGUUGACUGCCCAUGUGUGACUCCUGAGGUUGUCCUGAAAGCUUCUGGUCAUGUUGAUAAAUUCACUGACCUUAUGGUUAAGGAUGAGAAAACAGGGACUUGUUAUCGUGCUGACCACUUGCUUAAGGAUUUUUGCAAUGAGAAGCUUCAGAAAGACCUUACCAUAUCCACAGAGAAGGCUGCUGAAUUUAGGCAUGUGCUUGCAGUCUUGGAUGAUCUCUCAGCUGAAGAGCUGGGUGCAAAGAUCAAAGAGUAUGGUAUUACAGCUCCAGACACAAAGAAUCCACUUUCUGAUCCGUAUCCAUUCAACUUAAUGUUUCAAACAUCAAUUGGCCCGUCUGGUUUGCUCCCUGGGUAUAUGCGUCCUGAGACAGCACAAGGCAUAUUCGUGAAUUUUAAAGAUUUGUACUAUUACAAUGGGAACAAGCUCCCUUUUGCUGCAGCUCAAAUUGGUCAGGCUUUCAGAAAUGAGAUAUCUCCUCGCCAAGGUCUUUUGAGAGUUCGUGAAUUUACACUAGCAGAGAUUGAGCACUUUGUUGAUCCUGAGGACAAAUCUCACCCUAAAUAUUCAGAAGUUGCAAACUUGGAGUUCUUGAUGUUUCCAAGGGAAGAACAAAUGUCAGGCCAAUCUGCAAAGAUAAUUUGCCUUGGUGAAGCUGUUUCAAAGGGAAUUGUAAACAAUGAAACUCUUGGCUACUUCAUUGGGAGAGUUUAUCUCUUCCUAACUCGCCUUGGUAUAAACAGAAAACGUUUGCGGUUCCGUCAACAUCUUGCCAAUGAAAUGGCUCACUAUGCUGCUGACUGCUGGGAUGCUGAGAUUGAGUCUUCCUAUGGGUGGAUUGAGUGUGUUGGUAUUGCAGAUAGAUCUGCAUAUGACUUGCGUGCUCACUCUGAUAAGAGUGGUGUACCUCUUGUUGCUGCUGAGAAAUUUUCAGAACCUCGGGAAGUGGAGAAAUUGGUUAUAGCUCCUGUGAAAAAAGAGCUAGGUCUUGCAUUCAAGGGAAACCAAAAGAAUGUGGUUGAAGCGUUGGAGGCAAUGAACGAGCAAGAAGCUUUGGAGAUGAAGGCUGCACUGGAAUCCAAAGGAGAGGUGGAGUUUCAAGUCUGCACCCUUGGGAAAAAUGUGUGCAUUAAGAAGAACAUGGUCUCAAUUUCAAAGGAGAAAAAGAAAGAACACCAGAGAGUUUUUACACCAUCAGUAAUUGAGCCAUCGUUUGGUAUUGGACGGAUAAUAUAUUGCCUAUAUGAACACUCUUUCUACACAAGGCCAAGUAAAGCUGGGGAUGAACAGUUAAAUGUAUUCCGUUUCCCCCCACUUGUGGCGCCUAUUAAGUGCACAGUUUUCCCACUGGUUCAGAAUCAACAGUAUGAGGAAGUUGCCAAAGAGAUUUCCAAGUCAUUGACAGUCGCCGGAAUCUCACAUAAGAUAGACAUUACAGGCACGUCAAUUGGGAAGCGGUACGCAAGAACAGAUGAACUUGGUGUACCCUUUGCAAUCACUGUGGAUUCAACAUCCUCGGUGACAAUCCGAGAAAGGGAUAGCAAGGAUCAAAUCCGCGUUAACGUGGACGAGGCAGCGACAGUCGUGAAGGCUGUAACCGAUGGACUAAAAUCAUGGGAAGAUAUAUGGUCUAGUUACCCUCAUCACUCCUCAGAAUCCGCUGAUGAUUAAUUUAUGAAUGCCACUAUUGGUUUUGACAUAUCAUACAAAACCUUUUGAUGCCUCUUGAGCACCUAUGAUUUGGGAAAAUAGAAAUAUGUAAAACACAAUUCUCUGUGCACAUUUCAGGAGUAUUGUCAUCUUUUUUGUGUUUGAUUACAGGACCAAUAAUUGUUAAUCUGUCAGGUUUGUGUUCUAAUUUAUACUAUUUUGCAGAAUUUUGCUUUUCCAGGA